AUGACGAGGCCUAAACUAUAUCUUGCAAUGGCAAAUCUAUGCAUACAACUCAUCUUCUUGGUAUUUCUCCUUCCAGUUUCUGCUUUGGCUCAAAAUAAUGGUACUGUGCCCAAUAACAGUACUUUGACUGCAGGUGAAACAUCCAGUUACUGGCUUUCACCUUCUGGUGAGUUUGCAUUUGGAUUCCAGCAACUUCAGGAGAAGGAUCUUUUCUUGUUUUCCAUAUGGUAUCACAAGAUACCAGACAAAACUGUAGUUUGGUAUGUUAAUACAAUCAACUCGGUUCCUCGUAACUCGACCGUGGUGCUUGAUGGUCAAAUUGGUCUUGUGCUUCGUAACCCUCAGGGCUCACAACUUUGGACUACUGAUGUCAAUUCUAAUCAAGUUGAUCAUGGUUUUAUGAAUAAUACAGGCAAUUUUAUACUCAAGGGGAGUGAUGAUAGCUGGCUGUGGGAAAGCUUCAAAUUUCCUAGUGAUACCAUAUUGCCAAAUCAAGGAUUGGCAAUUGGCAAUUCUCUUAGCUCUCGACAGUCAGCAACAAACUUCUCUCAAGGAAGAUUUUAUCUCCAUUUUGAUGGUGACGGGAAUCUAGUACUUGCUACCAGAAGUGUACCAACGAAUGUGUAUGAUGAAGUUCAGUACUACAAUAGUCAGACUUCUAGUUCCACAGAUGCAUUGAAUUCUGGUUAUCAAGUUACUUUUGAGGGCACAGGCGCCAUGUACAUAAGGAAGGCGAUCAAUCAAACACAACAGCUGAAUCUGGUUGCAGAAUCAUUACCACAAGCAUCAGAAUACUAUCAUAGGGCAACAAUAGAUUUUUAUGGGGUUUUCACACAUUAUUAUCAUCCUAGGACUUUUACUGGCAACCCGAACUGGACAAUUUUUUGGUAUGUGCCGAUUAAUAUAUGUUAUAUUCAAGGAGAAAUGGGGAGUGGAGCUUGUGGAUUUAACAGCGUUUGCUACCUCGAAGAUAAUGGAAGACCGGCUUGCAAGUGUCCAAACGGGUAUAUAUUGCUUGAUCCAAAGGACGCGUAUGGCAGCUGCAUACCAAACUCUUCUCUUGGCUGUGGUGAAGUAGAGGGCUCUUCAGAAAGCCUUUUUGAUUUAGAGGUGGUCAAUGACAUAAAUUGGCCUCUGUCCGACUAUGAGCGAAUAUAUCCUUCACAAGAACCAGUUUGUAAGCAAUCUUGCUUGCAGGAUUGUUUCUGUGCUGUGGCCAUUUUCAGUGGCAGUGGUUGCUGGAAGAAGAGGCUGCCACUUGCUAAUGGGAGGGCAGAAAGCACUGGCGGUCAGUCAAAAGCUUUCAUAAAAUAUCGCAAAAAUGAUGCUCCUCCAGUAUGUCAAACUCUUCCCCCAGUUGGUCAAACUCUUCCUCCAGUUCUGACAGGAUCAAAGCCAAAAAACCGAGGAACUGUGGUACUUGUGGGAUCUCUGCUCCUUGGAAGCUCUUUCUUCGUAAAUUUGGUGUUCAUUGCCACUGCUUGUUUCGGUUUUUACUUCAUAUACCACAAAAAGAAGGUAAUAACUCAUCCAAAUACUGAUGCACUGAAUACAAAUUUGCUUUAUUUUGCGUACAAAGAGCUUGCAGAUGCUACAAAUGAAUUCAAGGAAGAGUUGGGCAGGGGAUCUUUUGGUACUGUUUAUAAAGGUGACUUGCAAAUCAGAUCCAAAAACACUACUUUUGCAGUGAAAAAGUUAUACAGAAUGGAUCAAGAUGCUGACAAGGAGUUUCGUGCUGAAGUGGAAUCAAUAGGCCAGACUAACCACAAGAAUUUGGUCCGCUUGCUUGGAUUCUGUGAUGAAGGGCAACAUCGUCUAUUGGUGUAUGAAUAUAUGAGCUGUGGCACUCUCGCGAGAUUGUUGUUCAAUAAUCCCAAACCUAGUUGGAGUAUGAGGACUCAAAUUGCUAUUGGGAUUGCAAGGGGACUGGUAUACCUUCAUGAAGAAUGCAAUACUCAAAUUAUUCAUUGUGACAUAAAGCCCCAGAAUGUGCUCCUUGAUGAGUAUUUCAAUGCUCGGAUUUCUGACUUUGGAUUGGCAAAACUUUUGAUGAUCAAUCAGAGUCGAACAUUUACUAGUAUUCGAGGAACAAAAGGGUAUGUUGCUCCCGAAUGGUUCAGGAGCAACCAAAUCACUGCAAAGGUUGAUGUUUAUAGUUUUGGUGUCUUGUUACUGGAGAUCAUUUCUUGCCGCAGAUGUGUGGAGAACAUUGAAAACCUUGGUGAAGGAGAAAACCCAAUUUUAAUUGACUGGGCUUGGGAUUGCUUUCAAGAAGGAAGAUUGGAUAUGUUUGUUGAAAAUGAUUUAGAGGCCCUAGAAGAUCAAAUGAUGCUGGAGAGAUUUCAGAUGGUUGCCAUGUGGUGUAUCCAAGAAAACUCUUCGCUUAGGCCUAAAAUGAGGAAGGUGAGCCAGAUGCUUGAAGGAAUUGUGGAAGUUAUCGCACCCCCUUGUCCGUCUCCUUUUUCCACUACGGGAUGAGUUUAGUUCGGUACUGCUUUGUGUCAUUUCAAUUGACG